AAAAGGAAAAAUGUGUGGUGAGAAAGGGGAGAACGGAGGUAGCUUGGCAAUGGUAGUAAUAGUAGUAGAGUAGAGAACACUAUCAUAUCCUUGUCAAAUCAGAAUCUUUUUCAACUCUCCUCUUCUUGUUUCUGUUUCUGUUGCUUUAUCCAUAAUUUCCCUCAUCCUCCAAUAACCAAUUAGAUUACACAUUUCUCUUCACAUAAUAAAUAUAUAUAAAUAUAAAGAAAACACUUUUGGCAUUACUAUCUUAAAUUUUCUCACAGGUAGACAUGGCUUCCAUUGUUGCAAGCUUGCCUCCACCAUUAUUGAUCAAAACCAGUAAAACCCUCUUAACAGCUUUCUCAAAGCUUCCACUUUCUUCCUUUCAAGUGAGACAAAACCGUGGUUCUGUUGCUGUAAAGGCUGCUGGGGAUAACUCUGAGUCAUCAACCUCCCUAACCGUUAAUAAAUCAGUUCAAAACUUAUGGGCUAACUCUGAAGACCGACCAGCUCUAUUUGGAUUAGGGUUUGCAGCUAUAGCAGCUCUAUGGACAUCAAUUAACCUGGUUUCGGCCAUUGACAAGCUUCCUGUAAUCCCAAGCGUAUUUGAAGUUGUGGGCAUUCUAUUUUCUUCAUGGUUUAUCUACCGUUACCUCUUGUUCAAACCUGAUAGGGAAGAGCUUUUCCAAAUUGUUGACAAAACAGUAUCAGACAUUUUGGGCAAAUGAAAUGUGCAGUCAAAUGGUAAGGGUUUGGCAAUGUUUAUUAUGAGUGUAUUUAUUUACAAAAUUGAGGUUCUUAUUGGGUUGUUGCUGAAUUGGGGUGGUGGUCAAAUCAGUAUCACCAUUGUCAUUCAAUGCAAGUCUCUUGUUGUACCAUUAGGCAUGAACUCAUAAGAACUAUAUUCUGUGUAUUAUUUUUAAGCCGUUUUUACUGUGUUUUACUCUGUAAAGAAUAUUUAAAACGUUUUUAAAAUUUGUAGAUGUGAAUUUGGUCAA